AUAAAGAGUCGUGCUUUUACAACACACACUCGCUUGUCUCGUGUCUGAACCUCUUCCUCCACCUGAAACCCUGCCGCAUGCUUUUUCUUCUUCUUCAACUUUCUCGUGCCCAGAUCAUCAGCUGCCCGUUUUCCUGUAACCCCCCCGCCCUUUCUUCAUCUGGGUCUCACGGGAUUUGCUUUGCUUCCCACUCUUUCGUCUUUUUUUUUCCUUCUUCUUUUUACUCAAAAUAUACCACCAAAAAAAGAAAGGAUUUGAUAGAGUCUGUAUCCCACUUGAAUUGGGUUUAUAGUCCCUCUGAAACUCAAUUUAAUCCACUCAUUUUCCCUUUCGGAUUCGCUUGUUUUCGAUCGUUAAUAGCGUGCAUAUAUCUGCUGCUUAAAACCCCAGAGGGAGAGAGCAGUCCAGAAACUUAGAGAGAGCGAGAGAGUCUAGAGAGAGAGAGAGAGAGAGAGAGAAGGCGGCCAUGGCUGCAAAGAACCUGGAGAAGAUGGCUUCGAUUGACGUCCAGCUGAGGCUGCUGGCACCUGGGAAGGUCUCUGAGGAUGACAAACUGAUUGAGUACGAUGCUCUGCUGUUGGAUCGUUUUCUUGAUAUUCUUCAGGAUUUACACGGAGAGAGUCUCAGAGAAACGGUGCAAGAUUGUUAUGAGCUUUCUGCGGAAUAUGAAAGAAAGCAGGACCCUCAAAAGUUGGCGGAACUUGGGAAUGUGCUAACGAGUUUGGAUCCCGGGGACUCCAUAGUCAUUGCUAAAUCCUUUUCUCACAUGCUUAACUUGGCCAAUUUGGCCGAGGAAGUUCAGAUUGCGUACCGGAGGAGGAUCAAGAUGAAGAAGAAGGGAGACUUUGCUGAUGAGGCUUCAGCUACUACGGAGUCAGACAUUGAAGAGACUCUCAAGAGGCUUGUGGGGGACCUGAAAAAGUCCCCAGAAGAAGUUUUUGAUGCCUUGAAGAACCAGACCGUAGAUUUGGUAUUCACUGCACAUCCUACUCAGUCUGUUCGCAGGUCUUUGCUCCAAAAGCAUGCAAGGAUAAGAAAUUGUUUGACGCAGUUGAAUGCUAAGGACAUUACGCCUGAUGAUAAGCAGGAACUCGAUGAGUCUUUACAAAGGGAGAUUCAAGCUGCAUUUCGUACAGAUGAAAUCCGAAGGACUCCUCCAACCCCUCAAGAUGAGAUGAGGGCAGGAAUGAGCUACUUCCAUGAGACAAUUUGGAAAGGCGUACCGAAAUUCUUACGUCGUGUUGACACUGCUUUGAAGAACAUAGGGAUAAAUGAACGUGUUCCUUACAAUGCCCCUCUCAUUCAGUUUUCUUCUUGGAUGGGUGGGGAUCGUGAUGGAAACCCCAGGGUCACUCCUGAAGUUACUCGGGAUGUGUGCUUAUUGGCUAGAAUGAUGGCUGCUAACUUAUACUUCUCCCAGAUAGAGGAUCUUAUGUUUGAGUUAUCCAUGUGGCGAUGCAAUGAUGAGCUUCGUGCUCGUGCUCAUGAACUUCAUAGGUCUUCAAAGAAGGAUGCGAAACACUACAUAGAGUUUUGGAAACAAAUUCCUCCAAAUGAGCCUUAUCGAGUUAUUCUUGGAGAUGUAAGAGACAAGCUUUACAAUACACGUGAACGUGCUCGCCAAUUAUUAGCCAAUGGAGUCUCUGACAUUCCUGAGGACACAACGUUUACCAAUGUUGAACAGUUUCUGGAGCCUCUCGAACUUUGUUACCAGUCACUCUGCUCCUGUGGCGAUCGGGCAAUUGCUGAUGGAAGCCUUCUUGAUUUCUUACGACAAGUUUCUACUUUUGGGCUGUCUCUUGUGAGACUAGACAUACGACAAGAAUCAGACAGGCACACUGAUGUCCUCAAUGCUAUAACAAAGCACCUGGAGAUAGGAUCUUAUCGAGAAUGGUCUGAGGAGCGUAGGCAAGAAUGGCUCUUGUCUGAGCUUCGUGGCAAGCGGCCCCUUUUUGGCGCUGAUGUUCCCAAGACUGAAGAAAUUGCUGAUGUGCUGGACACGUUCCAUGUCAUUGCAGAACUUCCCUCAGACAAUUUUGGUGCUUAUAUUAUAUCAAUGGCAACAUCCCCAUCUGAUGUUCUCGCUGUUGAGCUUUUACAACGUGAAUGUGGUGUGAAGGAGCCACUAAGGGUUGUUCCAUUGUUUGAGAAGCUUGCUGAUCUUGAGGCUGCUCCUGCUGCUGUGGCUCGUCUCUUUUCUAUAGACUGGUACAAAAACCGGAUCAAUGGGAAGCAAGAAGUCAUGAUAGGGUACUCAGAUUCCGGAAAGGAUGCUGGUCGUCUAUCUGCAGCAUGGCAGUUAUACAAGGCUCAGGAAGAGCUCGUAAAGGUCGCAAAAAAAUUUGGGAUUAAGCUUACGAUGUUUCAUGGUCGAGGUGGAACAGUUGGAAGAGGAGGAGGGCCCACCCAUCUUGCUAUAUUGUCUCAGCCACCCGACACUAUUCAUGGUUCGCUUCGUGUUACAGUUCAAGGUGAAGUUAUUGAACAAUCAUUUGGGGAGGAGCACUUGUGCUUUAGAACACUCCAGCGUUUCACAGCAGCUACACUUGAGCACGGAAUGCGCCCUCCCGUCUCCCCAAAGCCAGAAUGGCGUGCACUCAUGGAUGAAAUGGGCGUCAUUGCAACAGAGGAAUAUCGGUCAAUAGUUUUCCAGGAGCCCCGUUUUGUUGAAUACUUUCGCCUCGCAACACCAGAGAUGGAGUACGGUCGAAUGAACAUUGGGAGUCGUCCUUCAAAACGAAAGCCAAGUGGAGGCAUUGAAUCACUUCGUGCAAUCCCAUGGAUCUUUGCUUGGACCCAGACAAGAUUUCACUUACCAGUGUGGCUUGGCUUUGGGGCAGCAUUUAAGCAUGUUAUUGAGAAGGAUGCGAAGAGUCUCCAAAUGCUUCGGGAGAUGUAUAAUCAGUGGCCUUUCUUCAGAGUCACAAUUGAUUUAAUUGAGAUGGUGUUUGCCAAGGGUGAUCCCGGUAUUGCCUCUCUGUAUGACAAGCUUCUCGUGUCAGAAGACCUAUGGUCAUUUGGAGACCGAUUGAGGGCCAACUAUGAACAAACUAAGCUCCUCGUCCUCCAGGUUGCUGGACAUAAGGCUCUUCUGGAAGGAGAUCCCUACUUGAGGCAGCGACUCCUCCUACGUGAUUCAUACAUCACGACACUUAAUGUGUGCCAAGCCUAUACACUGAAGCAAAUUCGUGAUCCAAACUACCAUGUCAAAGUAAGGCCUCAUUUGUCGUCGGAGUACAUGGAAACAACCACCAAGCCGGCAGCAGAGCUUGUGAAGCUCAAUCCAACGAGCGAGUAUGCUCCUGGUCUGGAAGACACUCUAAUCCUGACCAUGAAGGGUAUUGCUGCUGGUAUGCAGAACACCGGUUGAAGCUCAAGUAUCUUGCAUCUCGGUAGAUAUGUUCAAACACAUAAAGUAUGGUACGAAAUGGGUGCUCUCUGCUUUUUAAGCGCUCUAAACCUCCAUAGAAUAAAAACUUGUGUAAUAAGUUGAAUAAACCCAUGAUUUUGGUUUGUGAGAACCAGAAUUUGUAAUCUAUGGCUUUUCUUCUUGUGGAAAUCUUAUGUUUCUGGUUUCGUUUUCGCAACCGUGGCCAGGGAACAUGAGUAUGAUGGAACCGUAUGCUUAGAUAUAUACUAAUGUUCUUGUUUA